AGUGAAGGAAAAGUGGCAAGAAUAUUCUGAUAGAGGUAGCCAUCAUUACAUACUAACUUCACUUCGUUACAUUACCAUUUUGAUGCAUUCUGCUGCAGCCAAGGAGACAUAUCUAACCCCUAGAAAUGAAAAAAGUUUUAUACGUAACCGUUAUUAUGAGUGACAAGAUGAGUAACAUAUGGUGUAACAAGCCACUAAUGAUGGAACAUUCAGGGGUUAUUUUGUAGGGUUCACAUGUUUUAAUGUCCCUAGUUGUACUGUAAGGUAAUCUGGCUGUGCUUUUACCUAAACCCAAGGUCAUAUUUUGUUUUAUUUCCCUACAAAUUGUUUGGCUAAGUAUGAUAGUAUGUUAUGGUCUGGAUUUUUGGAGGCAUGUUAUUCAAUUCUUCAUGCUCAUCUGUUUGGAAGUACGUAAAGAUUUGUUUAGUAAAGAUCCAUAUUUUGAGUUGGAGUGGUUAAAAGGAAGAAAUUGUCAAACCGUCUACCCCUGAUUUAAGUUUCAUGGUUUCACGGGACUCAGCUUUGACUUCCCCUGUAUUGAAAAUGCAACUUUUUGUCUUAGUUCUACUUUGAUCCGUGAAACCUUGCCAUGAAUUUUUCAAGGCCAAAAUUUUGGUGAUACAUAAAAAUACUGUCUUCCUUGUGAACAAAUUUAUAGCUUCCUUGUUUUCAAAGCUCUAUCUUUCCUCUCUGCUGUUCUAUCUCAUUGAGCAUUGGAGAUUCAAAUAUAUAUAUAUAUAUAUAUUUACUUCCAAUCUGUUUCAUAAUGGUGGUCAAUUUAGGAGGAAAAGCAGAAACUUCCAUGCCCAAAAAAUGGCAAGACAGAGAUAAUGCAAAUCCAAAAAGAACCAAAACGUUGAUGGAAACCAAGCCAAAGACGAAGGCUGACCAAAAGGUUCCAGUCAUUUACUAUCUUUCCAGAAAUGGGCAAUUGGAACAUCCUCAUUUCAUGGAAGUUCUUCUCUCUUCUCCUCAAGGAUUGUAUCUCAAAGAUGUGAUUAAUAGGUUGAGUUCUCUUAGAGGGCCAGGAAUCUGCAGCAUAUAUUCAUGGGCUUCCAAGCGGAGAUACAAAAAUGGGUUUGUAUGGCAGGACUUAUCUGAGAACGACUUCAUAUAUCCUUGUCAAGGCAAUGAAUACAUUCUCAAAGGAUCAAAACUUCUCGAAACUUCUCAAAGCUUUAGGUCGUCUUACGAAACACCGUCUUCUUCAUCGUCAAUAUCAUCAGCACCUGCAUUUUUCCGGGAAACUAACAGUUCAUGUGAGGAUUUUUCUGGUGCUUCAACAACCAUCAUUAGAAGAAAAAACCAGUCAUGGAGCUUAUUUGAUGACCUUCGUGAAUACCAAGUCUACAAGGCCAAAACCACCGGAGAACUUGCCGGAAAAUCAACGAAUGCGUCGACGCAGACGGAGGAGAAGGCAACAACAAAUCAUGGAGAGGUUAAAGAGUUUGAAGGAGAUGGUGUUGUUGGUCUUACAGAGCAGAGCAAAGAAGAAGCUUCAGUGCUUUCAAAUUAUUGUUUUGGUGGGUUAGGGAGUAUGGAAGGGUACGUGGAGAUGCAAGAUGGGACGGUUGAGAAUAGCUGUGGUGGUGAAAGAAGGAAGGCAUCAACGGUUCUGAUGCAGUUGAUCAGGUGUGGAUCAAGAGGUGUCAAAGAUUGUGAGUCCGCGAAAAGUAAGGACUAAGAUGCAUAGAAAUAAAUAUUAUUAGAAUUGAGUACAAAACUCUUUCCAUACAAAGAAAAUGUGGAAACAAUUUGAGGAUAAUAUUUUUUGCCUAGACUUGUACAAAGAAAUAAUGCCCCCCCAAAAAAAAAAAAAAAAAAAAUCCUAAAAUUACCUUAUCAAUUUAAAAUCAUGAAAUGUUAUUUCCUUUUACUUCUUUUUA